AUGUCCAGCUCGACCGAGAACGCUAAUGCCAAUGUCAAUGCAGCUGAAGAUGAGGAGAAGGAGAAGAAACGGGAUAAGGAUGGGGAGAAACAGGUGAACGUGGGUACACUUCGUGAUAGACAGAAUAUAUGUCAAUAUGUUGGAAGGUUGCUAAGAAUUGCCAAGAAGAUCGAUCCUACUCCCCUCUCAGGUCCACUCGCCUCAUCAUCCUCUACCCCACCUCCUAAUCCCCACCUCUCUCACCCUCCUCGUCUCAUUCACGUACCACCCACUGCACCAAAGCGAGACCACAUCUCAGCGGGAGAAUAUGCUAGUCGUCAAAGAGAAUUAUUCAGACACAAACAGGCUAUGAAAGAUAAUUCCAACACUUAUAUCCCUGUCACCUCUUCAACAUCUAACACCUCAGCACCGAAGUUGAACUCAAAUAGAGAAAUCAUAUGGUGCGAUCAGCCUAACACACAUCCCCCUUCAUGCUGCUGUGUUAUAACCCAAGAUAAGAAGGACGAAGAUAGAAGAGAGGGGUGGAUACAAUGGGAUCAGGUAGAUUUGGGAGCGUUCUAUAAUUUGAUGCAAGAUUUCUCAUCGGAUGGCAAUGGGGGAUAUUGUGAUUGUCAUGGACAUCCAGUAAACCUCUGUUCUUCUUCAUAUGAUUCAGGAGGAGGAGGAAUGGACGCUAGUGGUUGCUCGGGAGGUGGUGAUUCAGGUUGUGGAUCUUCUGGGUGCGGAAGUGGAGGGGGCUGUGGUGGUGGUGGAUAA